AUGACUGAGAACAAACAACCAUCGCCGGCGGGAGCUGGGACAGAAUCAGGCCUUAUCUACCGCACGGCGGAAGCGCAAGAAGACGACCUCCUCUCAAGAAUCCUCUGCAAUGCAUUUCUUCCGCUAUGGAAUCACAACUGGUUCCAUGGUGUAUCUCACCCGCUGGAGCCCGUCACGAUCGGCACCGUGGACAGCAAUCCACCGAUGAGCAGACUGCAGAGAUCACGAGUGCGCUUCUACCUCGGCUUGAUCAAGGUGACCAGACUGAUAGGCGGGAGUGUGCUUGUCGCGGAAGUCCCAGUCACGGCCACGGGCAUGGCCACGGAGAGAGACUCAACUAACGCCACGAGCGCGACGCGUGAAAUCGGCGCCGUUCUCCUAUGGCUGCCUCCGUCGAAGCGACUCGGCGGCCUGGGCAUCCCUACGCUCUGGCGCUCAGGCUUGCUCUCGCUCAUGCUCCCCUGGCACUACGGGCUGACGGGUUUCUACCGCGUCGAGCUCGUCUUCGAAGCGAACAUUGCCAAAAUGUGGAGUCGGACGCUUCCGGACCUCCCGCCGCGAGGCGUCAAAGAGAGCGAGUGUGGCUUCGUCCAGAUGAUCGCCAGGAAUCCCAAGUACUCCCGAAAGGGGUAUGCUUCAGGACUGCUAAAGUAUCAGAUGGACCAGCAUUUCGCAGAGUUCCCCGACAGGCCGGUGCUCCUGGACACGACGACCUUGGAGGGCAUCAGGGCGUACGAGCGGUUGGGAUUCAAGUUGUUGGCCGAGACGCCCGUGGACACAGGCACGGACGCGACGGGGAUGAAGUUGACGAAGGAUGCGAGCGAAGAAGUCAGAAGGGAAGCACAGGAGAUUUGUGUCCAGAGGGUGAUGGCGCGGCUUGCGGGAGGGAGUCACUAA